CCAGGUGGACAACCCUCUGAGAUGCCCCGCUCUGUCCACCUGCCCGCCGGCGGGGGGCGCUCCCGGCGGUAGUGCCACCUCCCCGCCGCCGGGGGGCGCUCCGCUGGAGGACCGGCGUUUCCCGCUCCCGUGCCCGGAGCUCGAGCGAAGGGCCGCGGCCGGGUGUCGGGACGGUGCAGGAGGCCGCGGGACGUGGGGGCCGGACCGAGAGCUGCGAUGGCUGAUUCGUGUUUUGAAUCCGACCCUGACUUCUGCCCCGAGUGUGGAACUAUCCUUCCGCUGCCUGGCCUGGAGCAGUAUGUGGUGUGUCGCAGGUGUGAUUUCCAAAUCAGUGUCCACGCCUUUGAAGGGACGGAGAUCCACUCGGAGGUGGUGUUCAACAAUCCGGACCUUCUGCAGGCCAAACUAGACACAGAGGAUGAGGCAAGGGACCUGAAGGGGCCUGUGGUGGACCGGAAGUGCUCGCGCUGCGGACAUGAUGGGAUGGUGUAUCACACGCGGCAAACACGCUCAGCAGACGAGGGACAGACCGUGUUCUACACG